AAGAUGAUCCGAGUCAAAACAGAUACAAAGAGUCCAUGUUGCAGAACAUUCAACGUCACAGCUAGCCUGCGCUUCAGGGCUGCUUCGUCCGAUAAUGACAGUGAUUUACAGUGACACACAUGGAAGUGCAACAUCAACACAUAACACCCUUGAGAGAGCUACCACGCACGCACAUGCCACACUGUUCCCUGGGAUCAAGAAUUGGUUGGAGGUUUUUUGCAACUGACCCGACAAAUGUGAUCACUGUCUGAGUAAAUCAGUAGUGUCAUAUUGCCUCUGGACACCAUGCAGUGGAAACGACGCCACUGCUGUUCACACAUCGCAGGACUUGUAUAUCUCCUCGCACUGCUGGGGGUGCUGGCUUUUGUGGUCCAUCAGGACUGGCUACCCGGACUCACAGGUGCAUUGUGGCAGAGAGGGCAUCCUAUGGACUACAGGGGUGAGGGAUUACACACUACCAAGGCCAAAGGGAACACAAGCUCUGGACAGGCUCUUUGGAGGUUUGUUAUUGUUCCUCAGCCAACCUUUAUGUCUGAUGCCAACACCAGCUCCCAGCAGGAAGAGGGUGACUCCUCCCCUCAGGCAGAGACAGGUCUUGAGAACUCUCUGGCAGCCAACACUAGCCAAAGUGAAGAGGGAGGCCCAAGUUACAAACAAACCCUAGGGCCUUACCCUUAUAUUAUAAACGAACCAUACAAAUGCCCUGAAAGCAAACUAGCGCCAUUUCUGGUUUUGCUGAUUGCCACUGAAGCUAGGCAAGUGGAGGCAAGGGAUGCCAUACGGCAGACAUGGGGCAAUGAGAGCGUUGCUCUGGGCGUAGGAUUCAUCCGGCUGUUUCUGCUAGGGACAAAUAAAGGGGAGCUUGGCCGCUUACAGCAACGGACCCUGGAAUCGGAGAGCCUGAGGCACCAUGACAUCAUUCAACAGGACUUUCUGGACACCUACAACAACCUGACCACUAAGACCCUGAUGGGAAUAAACUGGGUAGCAAUGUACUGUCGAAAGGCCAGCUAUGUCAUGAAAACAGACAGUGAUAUGUUUGUCAAUACGGAGUACCUUGUUCACAAGCUGCUCAGGCCUGAACUGAAACCCAAGAAGGACUAUUUCACAGGUAAUAACAUGAGAGGCUUUGCGCCCAACCGGAAUAAAAACAGUAAGUGGUAUAUGUCCCCUGAGUUGUACCCAAGUGAGAAAUAUCCCACUUUCUGCUCAGGGACAGGUUAUGUGUUCUCUGGGGAUUUGGCCACAAAAAUUUACAGAGCUUCCCUAGGCAUCCGGCGUCUGCAUUUAGAGGAUGUGUAUGUUGGGAUAUGUUUAGCCAAGCUACGGAUAGAGCCCACACCACCACCCAAUGAGUUCCUGUUCAACCACUGGCGGGUGUCUUACUCCAGCUGCAAGUACAGCCACCUGAUAACAUCACAUGGGUUUCGUCCUAAUGAACUCAUUAAAUAUUGGAAUCACCUGCAAAGCAACAAGCACAACGCCUGCAUCAACUCACUGAAAGACAGGAUGGGCAAACAUCAACAGAGCAGAUCGAAUGGAAAGAGGCCUGUGUCAUGACUUACGAGAUUGAAAUACAACUUGAUGUCAGGUCACAAGAUCUGGCUCACAAUUGAAAAAAAAUUGUUUUUUUGGAGAUACUCAAGAUUGACAUCUAUACAUUUUCCCCAUGAACUUGAUACCAACAGAGUACUGUUUUUUGAAAAUGAAACAAUGUAUAUUUUCUAUCUGUUUAUUCACAUAAAACUAAAAACAAAUGUGUUUUAUAGAGGACUGUUUAAUUGAAAUGAUUGUCCAUAGGAAAAUUGUUUUUAAUGUCUGAAGAAGCCACACCGAGUUAAUGUAUUCAGGAUAUAUUUUAAGUGAGUAAGAAAUGAUGUGGCUUUAAAAGAGGUACCAAGGGUAGUUUUGUAAAAAUACAGGGUCAUGGGCAUGCUCAAAAAUACUGUUGAUAGGUAAUGUUAGUGCCAAUAAAAA